AUGUCCGAAGUAUCAUUUGCCAAGUCGUUCUUGUCCGCACUGGACUCACGACCGAUCAAGCUACGAGCUGAUCAUGUCUUCGACCCUCAGCAGGUUGGCCUUCAUGUGCCUUACACCCUGCCCCGCCUCCAAGCCCCACACCCGGCGAUGCCCAAGAAAGUCAAGAAAGCACAAGCUCCAGGCUCAUCAAAGUCAAUCACCGUUCACAUCAAAUCAGCCCGAAACCCUGCUCUGGAAUUCUCAAUUAUCAAGGCGCCCCUCUCUACAACAACCAUCCAGGAUUUGAAGGAUGCGGUACGUGAGCGCAUCGCCGAUUCUCAAGGAAACCCUGUGGCGUUGGAUAAGAUCAAGAUCCUAUACCAGCGCAAACCUGUGGGAGGUACUGCAAAAACCAUUGCUGAGAUUUUGUCCGACGAGCCUGAAAUGCUGGCUGGGGGUAAAGGUGUUGAGUUUGGAGUCAUGAUCAUUGGAGGGGCCCAGGUAGUUGAGAUUGCGGAGCCUCAACCGGAGGUACCACAGGCUGCAGAUAUAUCGCCGCCCAAGCCUGCUGUUGGGCCUAGUGGUGCUGAGGUUCUACAGACUGAGGCUUUCUGGAAUGAUCUUCAGGGUUAUCUGGAGCAGCGGUUGAAGGAUCAAGAGGAAGCGGAGCGUUUGAGUAUUCUCUUCAAGGGUGCUUGGAGCUCCAGUCAAUAA